AUGGAAGGGAUUCUUCCAGCUUCCACAGAAGCAUGUCAGCAGGGCAUCCUCGUGCUCGAAGCGCUCGUGGUAGUCCUUGAGAACCGCCUCUGGGUCUGUCGUCGCUGUGACGAGAAGUUCGCUAUCGAUACUAUCUACUCUGUCGAAGCCACGAGUUCAGCAAGUGCUCAUCUCGAGAAAAAGCACAAGAUCGUCGCCCUGAGCAAGCAAGUCGACAGCUCAGAGUCGGAACCGCUAUACCGUCCGUCGAAAAGGCCGCGAUAUGCGCAGGUGCCACAAGUCCGGGAGAUCCAGGAGCUUCUCAUCGGCCACAUCGUGAAUGCCAGUCAGCCCUUUGGAAUCUAUACCGAGAGAUAUAUCGCCGAGGUCUUCCGCCACUUCGAUACUUCCCUUGCCUCCCAGAUCCCCUGGUCUUGUUGAAGUCAGCGUCGCCAGCUGGAGACCAUAUACGAACAGAAGAGAGAUGCUGUCAAGGCAUCAUUGAAGGCCGCUGCCUCGAGGAUCCAUCUUGCCUUUGAUCUUUGGACGUCAUCCAACAACUAUGCGAUCAUGGCAGUGCCCAGCCACUUCCUCGACAGCAAAGGGAUCCAGCAGCAACGUCUCCUUGCUCUGACGCGGCAGAGCGGCGCCCAUUCUGGCGAUAACCUCGCGACUACGCUGCUCCGGGUUGUGAAGGAGUGGGAGAUCCAAGACCGUAUUGGGACGCUUGUUUCCGAUAACGCCUCGAGCAACGACACCUGCACUACUGCCUUCUUCCGCCAGAUCAACCCCGUCUUUACUAAGACCGAUAUGAUAGAGCGGCGUAUGCGUUGCUACGGCCACAUCCUUAAUCUAGUGGGCAAGGCCUUCCUUCACGGCGAGGACUACGAGACAUUUGAGGAGGAAUCUCAACGGCAGAACUCCUCUGAUACUCUCCCGGCUGAUCUGCGAUUAUGGAGGCAGCAAGGCCCUGUUAGCAAACUCCGGAAGAUCAUCAAGUUCAUCAGAUCAUCGCCCCAGCGCAGCGAAUCUUUCAAGAUCCUAGCCCAGGAAACUGACAAUCAAGACGACUGGCUGCUCCAUGAAGAAUCAACAGCCGAGUUACAGCUCACUCUCAGCAACGACACGCGAUGGAACUCCACGUACCUUAUGAUCGACAGAGCUAUCAAGAAGAAGAAUCACAUCCAGUCUUUCCUUGUACAGUUCCAACUCUCUGAAGGCGAGGGAUACGGGAUUUCUGCCCAAGACUUUCUUACUGCCGAGGACUGGCGACUGCUUGCUGAGCUGAAGGCGGUAAUCGAGCCUCUUUACUUCCAGACCAUGAGAUGCCAAGGCUGGGGCGAGAAGGGCUCUUUCGGCUAUCUCUGGGAGGCCCUUUCUGGGAUGGAGUUUCUCCUGGAAAAGUUAGAGGACUGGAAGCUCUUCUUCGAUGAGCCAGGAGACGAUGCUACUACCCAGAGCCAGGUUCAUCUACCUUGUCGAGCUCUACGCAAUGGACGCAUACGAGGAAAUCAGUCCGCUCGUGUACGAUCUCCCGAGUUGAAUACGCAGGCCUUGCCUCUCCACGUUCAAGAAGAAUUCUCCCUCGGCCCUCCAAGCGUAGCGGCGCGCCUGAACGUUCUCUCUAGCGAUUCGCGAGGCUACCUUCGUCUCUCUAUCACAAACGCGUGGCAGAAGCUCAACGAGUACUACACGAAGCUUGGAGAGUCUCCCCUCUUUGCAGCAGCAAUCAUUUUACAUCCAGGGCGCAGUCUGCGUUGGCUUGAGACUCGCUGGAAUACGGGCGAUCAGCUUGCGUGGCUUCGAGAUGCCAAGGAAGGUCUCGAGGGAUACUGGACAGCGUGGUAUCGCGAUCAAGCGAACAACCAGUCUCCUCCUCGUUCGGAGAGCCGCCCACAAAAGCUACGAGCUGAGCGGGAAGAUAGCGAAUAUGGCCAGUGGCUCGGCACCGAUCUUAUACGCCUGCGAAAUGGAGCCUCGGAUGCGACAGAACUGGAGCGGUAUCUACGCCUGGAGCUGCCUAUCGAAAUCGAUAAUCCCAUAACGUGGUGGAUGGAUCGCCGGCAGCAGUUCCCGACCUUGAGUACGCUGGCGCUAGACCUCUUCUCGAUCCCGGCAAUGGCGGCAGACUGCGAGAGAGCCUUCAGCCUGGCGAAGCUAACUCUUACUACCCAGAGACUCGCAAUGAAUCCAGAGACCCUCGAGAUGGUUCAAUGUUUGAAGAACUGGCUUCGCCGUGAUGCAAUUAACCUUGGAGGCAUUUAUUUCACGCCAGUAACGUCUGCCGAUGACGGCGCCGAUCUCUAA